AUUUUGUCUCGUGCUCAAAAGCAACUUACUCGGCAUGGGUACUUGCUGCGGGUGCUGUGGCUACAGCAACGACGAGCACGAGGAGCCCCUGCGCAUCCGCACGAAUCCGGGGCCUCGGCUCCACCGGCGCUGCACGGAUGUGCCCUGCUGCAUCCUCUUCCUGGCGGUCUUAGCCUGUACCGCGGUGCUGGUGGACUAUCUCGGCGAGAAGGGCGACCUCAGGCUCAUAGACCACGGCCGCGACCACGCGGGGGACUUGUGCGGCCUCGGCAGCCAGGCCAGCAGACCAUACGCCUUCUACCCAGACCUGGAGACUGACUUCAAGAAGGACCCUACCUUGAGGCGCCACUACGGCGUCUGCGUGGAUUCCUGCCCGAAGGUCGGCCAGUCGGUGCCAGACUCUGGCACUUCCGCUCGGGCAGCCAGCUGGCUUGUGCUGCAGCCCUCCUUCCCGGUGUUUCAACGCUGCGUGCCGUACCAACAGCCCGUGGAUUCCGGCACCACGGCCCUUUGCGCCUCCCCCGCCUGCAGCCCACCGGCGGCUGGGGUCGCACCCACUGCACCGCAGCAGGUCUGCGGCCUGGCGCGGGACGGCACCGACAAGUUCUGGCUGCUGGAGCCGCCGGACGCCUCCAUUCAGGACGGUUGGCGCGGUGGAGGCGCGGACGAAGCCUUGAUCCAGGCGAGAACCUCCAUGGCGGCCACGGCGGCUUCGUCGGGCGCGGCGGCGGGCUGCGCGCAGCGGGUGAAGCGCCAGGCGGAGGUCUCGGUGCUGCCGCUGGACGAGGGCCUGCCCAACCUGCUGCUGGCCUCCGUGACCAGCCCGGCGUACACCUUCGGCAACGCCGUGGCGGACAACUUGGGCCUGGUCCUGGGCCUGGGCCUGGGCGGGGCUCUCGUCCUCUCGGUGGCGAUCAUGCUGAUGUUCCCGCUUUGCGCCCCCCCAGUGCUGAUCCUUCUGUUGCUGGUGGUCUUUUUCACCCUCGUGGCGGCAGACUACGUGCUCUUCGUGCAGGCAGGCAUCGCCACGGGCCGCACCGGGGAGCGCUUCACGCAGUUCCUGGCCAGCUUAGACAUCAAUGUGCCACCAGGCGCUGAGAGUCUGCUGACCCAGGCGGGGGACGAAUCCUCGGGCCAGCUGUGCGCCAUCGGCGGAUGUUGCCUGGCGGUGGCCAUCGCGCUGCUGGCCUGCCUUCUGCUUUCCAUGGCGCGGCAGUUCAAGAUCUUGAUCGCGCUGCUCAAGGAAGCCGGGAACAUGAUCCGGGUGGUGCCCUCUCUCCUGGCCUUGCCGAUCUUCCUGCUGGCCAGCCUCGCGGUGUUCUUCGGCCUCUUCCUGGUGGCGUUCCUGGGCUUGGCCACGGCAUCCCAGGAUGAGGUCCAGGACACCUUCAGCUUCCUAGGGCUGCAGGCUGACCAGCUCGAAAAAGCCUUCGCCUUCUUCCUCUUUGUGAUGUUUAUUUGGCUGUACUUCUUUCACAUCGCGCUGUACCACAGCACCAUCGCACUCACCGUCUCCAGCUUGUACUUCCGAGGGGAUCUUCGGGAGCACCACCUUUGCCCCAACCUCGGGGGAUGCUUGGGCUCCGCCGUGGCGGUGUCGCUGCUGCAGAUCUUCCGGUACCACCUCGGCUCCCUAGCCUUCGGUUCCUUGGCGAUGACGCUGUGCACGGUGCCGCGCCUGGUUUUGGAGUACAUGGAGCGCCACACCAAGGAGGCCACGGAGCAGAACCCUUUGGCGAAGAGCAUCCGCUGCAUCACCAAGUGCUGCCUGAAUUGGCUCUACUGCUGCCUGCGCUUUGUCACGGAGUACGCCUACAUCUACGUGGCGGUGAUUGGGGAGGCUUUUGCACCGGCUGCCUGCAAAUCCUUCGCCCUCUUCGCCAAGUACCCUACUCAGGUUGCCUUGAACAAGCUCACCUCCAUUGCUCUUGGCUUUCUGGUUAGCCUCGGAGUGCCUUUGAUCCUCGCUGGCGGGGCCUUCCUGGUGCUCCGGGAGAGCUGGGUCACCUAUGAGUGCUGCGCCUUGACCAUCGUAGCGCUCAGCUUCCUCAUCAGCCGCCUCGCGGUGGGCGUCUACGACGUGAUCGUCACCUCUCUGUUCGUGUGCGCCAUGCGGGAUGAGGAGUACUGCGGUGGCCAGCACAUGAGCUUGAGCCUCCGGCGUGCGGUGGGCUUGACAAGCCGCGAGGGCGUGGAAUGCGCCUAGAGAUCUUCGUAGGGCCACGGUCUGCACGGCCGGCGUGAGACGGGAUUUCACUUCCUGAGUUUUUUUCUGGAUUUGAAGAAGCUUUUGCGAAGA